AACCGAGCACCGAUACAUUUGCUUCGCCUUGCACUGGUUCAUAUUUCGACACAAGCUUCGAAGCAGGAGGGUCGUAGGUAACAACACUAUCUUUUUGUAAUUCUCACAAAAGCAAAUUCAUCCGGCGGGCCCGAUUUAGCCCGCAGGCCUCGAGUUUGACACCUGUGUUUUACAGGUUUACAUCGUCCAUGCCCUCUGACGUCAGAACCGGUCUCGUGCGCUUCCCCCAUUGGCUACAACAGCGGGAAACGGAUAAUAACCCGGAAAUUUGGUUAGCUAAACUACGACCUGUUGCGAUUUUACCGACAGUAAGAGUGUUGCUGAAUAUUUUUCCCGUUAGUUUUACUCGAAGUGAGACGGUACCUCUUGAAUAAUAGCUUAACAUUACGUUAGUUGUUGAGAGAAACGGGGACGGUCGCGUUGAGGUGAAGACGACAAGGAAAUGAAACGGUGUAAAGUCAUAGUUGUGUUGCAGUUUCUGUUGGUGGGACACAUCAAAAGUUGGGAUGACGGCAGCGUUUUGCUGCGUGAUCUGCAGGCGUUGACUCUGUACAAGAAUCGAUACACCACAGCAAGGCGCGCCAGUCCAGUCCCUCAGCUCCAGUGUGUUGGAGGCUCUGCAGGAUGCCAGGCCUUCGUCCCCGAGGUGGUGCAAUGUCAGAACAAAGGCUGGGACGGAGUGGAUGUACAGUGGGAGUGUAGGACUGAUAUGGACAAUGCCUACCGAUUUGGUCGCAUUGAGGUGAGCUGUGAGGGCUACAGCCACCCUGCUGAUGCCCUCAUACUGAAAGGCUCCUGUGGGCUGGAGUACACCCUGGAGCUGACUGAACAUGGCCGGAGCACGUCACACGGUGGAACCAAAAGUUUUGGAGGUCUCGGUGGUUUAGCCUCUAGUUUCUUCAGCGCUUUCUCUGGAAAUCAGCACCAGCACCACCCGCACAGCCAGCAGAGUCGUCAGAGCGAACCCGCAGCCAGUGGGGACUCGGGAGGUCUGCUGGUGGUUGCUGUGCUCCUGCUCGUGGCCUACGGCGUAUACAAGCUGUUCCUCAGCGGAACCACGUCCCCCUUGGGGCAGGACGGUGGACAGGCAGGUUACACCAGGGAUAAUCGCCAUGGCUCCACUGCAGCACCACCGCCCCCGGGAUUCAAACCCGACUUCACAGGCAAUCCUGGUUCCAACCCAGGCUACGGUUUCCACAGUGACUACACUGACAGGCAACAGUACCCAGGAGGCCAUGCUACUCCUGGCACAGGUGGGGGCUUCUGGACUGGCAUGGGAACUGGAGGAAUGCUGGGAUAUCUCUUUGGUCAUAAUAGAAACCGGGCCAACAACUAUGAUCACUCCCCUUACAGCAGACAUCCUCCGGCUGCAGGCUACACAUCUUCCCCAGGGACACGCACUGCUUCCGGUUUUGGAGGAACUAAGAGAAGAUAAAAGUUGGAGUUGGACAGUUGAUGAACACGGAAUUACAGUGAUAGACGAAUGGAUCAAAGCACAGUGCAAGAGGAACUAACGCCAUGGUUACAUUUCUUAGUUGUUCUUCUUUCAGAGGUCACUUAGUUCGCUACCGAACGAAGGCAUUCAUAUUCUCCUGUGAAAAGUGUGGUUUGAGCUCCAGUGUGUGGUUUUCUGUUGACUUUCUACUUUGUUAAUAAAUGAGUAUGUUCGGCUUCCUGAGCAUUAUAUUUACAUUUUGGCAUCUUUUGCAUUCUUGUAAAAUAAAAGGCAGACAUAGAACAAAAAAGUGAACACGGCAGAAGAAAGAAUCAACAGCUGAAAUGUAAAUUCUGUAUUCGUAAAACCAGUUUGGAUUUAUCAAAUGUAUAUCGCUACAAAAUGGCUGGUUUACCAUUCCAGAACAAAAAAAGUGCUGCGGAAAUAGUAAAGCGGAAAGGAUUGUUCAUUUAUACACACAUUCGAUCUUCCCAGUUAUAAAUGAGUGUUUUGGUUGCCAAGAGUUUGGAAAACCGUGCUGUAGGUUAUACUUGGUGUAAUUGUCUGAGAGGAGCUGUGUAAACCUGGCGAAAACUUACACCUUUUCAAUUAUCUGUACGUUUGUUUUAAAAACAAUAAAAUGUAGGCAAUUAUGCUUGCUUUUCAUUUUAGUUGAUUUACAAUGUGCACUUUUCUGCCGGGGGAAAGCAGCAGGACUGAAAAAUGGAGACAAAGCAGAAGUGCCUGAAACUUGCAUUCUCUCUCAUGGUCACAAAGGAGCGGCUCCUCAGUUUGCAAAAGGACGUCAGAUUGUCCUGAAUUGCUUUUGUUUAGUAAAUUCUCUCUGCAAUGAGUUUAAUAAAUAUUCCAAAAUACAUUGUCAGGGAGAUUCUGUGCCUGGUAUGAUUUUAUUCACCUUGUAUAUAUGCUUCCGUUAGGCAGUCUUAUUAUAAAGCUCUCCAUAAAUAUAGCAAACAGAUAUUGAGGAAAUCAAGAUGGCUUACGGUUUAUGAUUUUUAUGUACCUCUUUUAAUUCCUGUCCUCUUAAUUGAUUUGGUCUUCUCUGUUUGCCUUUUAUUCUCUCUUCACUUAAGGUCAAAUGUAACCAGUUAGUGGAUCUAAGGAAAUGUAUACAAUUGUUGAGGUCUCUCUCUAUUUUGCAUAAAACUUGAAUUGUGAUUAAAAUGUUUUCCCACAGGUCCAUGUAUUUAAUUAAAAAUUUCCAAUCAA